AUGGCCGAAUCAUCCGCGACAUAUAACGAGCAGGAAAGGAUAUGGAGUGGGGUCCAAAGGACAUCGACUUACCACGAUGACACAGCUGUUGGUAAAAUAAUAUUUAAUACCAUGAAAACUUGGCCGAAGAAUGUGUGCCAGAUAAACGAUAUUGAUGGCUCGAAGGUCACCUUUGAGCAGGCGAUUACUUGGGCCAUUCGGAUUGCUCAGUUUUUUAAAAAGCGUGGGCUGGGUCACAAGGACGUAAUUGGAAUCGCUAUCCAAAACUCCACAUAUGCCAUGCCCUUGGGAGUGGCUUGUCUCCUGAACGGAACGCCAUUCCAUUCCCUUAGCACUUUACUUGAUUAAGCCACUACAUCCCACGUGUUCUCUAUCACCAAACCAACCGUCAUAUUCUGCGAUGGCAUCGAUAUUAAGAAGAUUCAAGCAGCGACUAGUAGUUGGUCCCCGGAGAUCUUUACACUUACCGAUCACGUUGAAGGAGUUCCAAGCAUUGAAACACUUUUAGAACCCACAGCUACCGAAAGGAUUUACAAGCCAGAACCCCUGAAGGAAGGAGGUGGACAAACCGUCGCCAUUCUUUGCUCAUCGGGCACAACUGGUUUGCCCAAGGCUGUUUGUCUUUCGAACAAUAGCCUCAUAAGUGACACCAUGGUGGGCAGCAGUGAAAUGGUAUUCUAUUCGCCCAGUUGCCUGGAUUGGUUAACCGGUCUGUAUGGCUUUAUUUUCAACACUGUUUUGGGCACCACUCGCAUCAUUACCAACAAACCCUUUACCCCGGAGUAUUUUGUGCAAUUGGUGGAGAAGUACAAGAUCCACGUGGCCGUACUGCCACCCAGAUAUCUUUCCGCCUUGGCCAGUUGUCCAGAUGCAACCCCGGAGGCCCUGGCCUCCAUUCUGAACAUUCAUUACACCGGCGGUUGGGCAUCCAUGGCCACCCUGAGGAAGGUCCAGGACAUCUGCAAGGGAGCGAUCAUAACCAGUGGGUACGGAAUGACCGAGUUGGGGGUCGCAACAGGGAAUGCAGGGAUCGAAAACCUGGCCUCGGUGGGUAGGCCUUUGCCAGGAGUUCGGGUGCGUAUUGUGGAUGAGGAGGGCAAGAACCUGACCUACAACCAGACCGGAGAAAUCUAUGUGCACACGGGUCUGCCCUGGAAUGGUUACUACGGAAAUCCGGAGGAGACGCUCAAGCUGCAGGAAGCGAAGUAACUGAACAGGAUAUUGUGGACUAUGUGGCCAAGCAUCUGCCCGGGAAGGAGAAACAGCUCUACUCCGGAGUCCAGUUCACAGAGAAACUGCCGAGUAAUUCGAAUGGAAUUACGCAAAGCAUCACGCGAUCUGUUUGUUGCCAAAAAGUCAGCCACAAAGUCACAACUUUGAUACUGG